AAGAAGUGGGAGUAACUUGUUCGUUUUGUUUUCCAGUGUCAUCUGUCCCGCCAGAGCCAUAUUUAUUUUCCCCAAAUUUUCGGCGACAAAUAUCCUUAUUUGUUUUCCCUCUCUUUUCCUCACUUAUUUUCGGCAACCUAAACACUUCAACUUCUCUAACCCCUAAUUUCUCCUUUUCCGGCACCACUCGCACCGCUCAUGCUCCGUCUCCGACCAACACCUUGCUGUUCCAUCAUUCAAAUCCUUGAAAACUUUAACCAAUCACUUUUCAUUCUUCAAAAAAUCUAGCAUAUUUUAGGUAAAUUCCAAACCCUAAUUUCCUCAAAGUUGAUUCCACAUUAGGGUUUCUCAUGUCGGGUGGUUUAAGCCCAACACACCAUGUCAUAGUUCAAGCUCUUUUGUCACGGGGCCCACUCAAGGAGAAAGACUUGCACUCCAUGUUUGAGAACCUCACUAAGAAAAGUCCAGGCACUGAUCGUCGGCUAUUUGAUGCGUUUAUUCUGGCAAUAAACAAGGCUCUGACUUGUGCUAAUUUUGAGUUGCGUGCCUGCAUUGAUCAAUAUGAUGGCCAAGUUUAUUAUGGGGUUGUUAAUACUGUUUCCGAUGAACAAUCGAAGCUCGGGACGAAGUAUACUGUUCCUCAAAUUGCUUUUUAUAAGGCCAUCAUUGAAGCGAUAGUUCAAGAUGGCAGUGCAAAUGGUUUUAUCUCCACCAUUGGUGCUCUCAAUCUUAAUUUGGAUAGCCAGAUCACAACUGUGACUGGUUCAGAGCCUCAAGGGGGCCAACAACAAUCUCAAGGAAGCCAAUCACAAGUGCCAUAUGCAUUUAAGAGUUUUAAUUUGUCUCAAAAGGAAAAAACUCUGCAUGAACUUGUGAGAGACUCGUGGCUUUAUUUGACCACAGAUGGUGAUGUUAGACUUGGUGUAAAAUCAUUCCUUGAUCUCCGCAGUUGGUUUCGAAGUAAUGAUGUUCCAUCCUGUCAAGUUUGCAAUGAAGCUGGAAUUAAGGCAGAGUUGUGCAAAAAUGAAAAUUGUACUGUACGAAUUCAUCACUACUGCCUGAAGCAACUUUUCUCCCAGAUAAAGGCUGCAAAAGUCUGCCCAAGUUGUGGCACUUCAUGGCCAUUUACAAUACCCAAAGCAGAAUACGUACAGACUGAAGAUGACAAUGGACCUAGUCAAAGCCAACGAGCUACUGGUUCUAAAGGAAAGAAGCGAAGAGCCAAUAUGAUUGUUGAAGAUGAUGGAGUUGGAUGCAGCAAUCAGGAUGAGCUCAAUGAACAUAGAGGAAGCCAGCAUGACAAUGGACGUGCACAGACAAGGAAUACUAGACUACGUAGAACUCACGAAGCAGAUAUAGCAGGCCCUAGUGCGUCUCAAUCAUCAUCAGCUGUCCCUGAUUUGAGAAGAGUUACUCGGAAAUCUUCUCGUCCAACGUAAACUGAUAAUGGUAUUUUGUUUUAUCAGGGAAUGCUAGGUGUACUAUAUUUUGCUGCUGACUGUGCGCGCACACACAGCUGGCUACUUUUGAGUAGCUAUUUCAAAUCAGCAAUAUCUUGUUAUUACGGUAGGCCGACACGUGGCUUGAAACACCAAGCUUUUAGCUAGUAAUCUAAAUAGCAGCUUGUAAAUUUGUGUUGAUGUUGAGAUAGAGGCAUUGAUGUUAUGCAUAUGCUCAACUUUGUUAUUGCUUAUUUGUGUUAUGCAUCUUCCAUCGUGUCAUUAUUUUUUUAUUAUAAAGUCGACCCUUUAUUUAUUUAGCUUUGUAUUAAAAAAGAAUAUCAGAUGUCUAAUGUCAUUCACUUGUUUAGGAAUAUUGCAGCACAAGUUAACCUUUGGUUGGUAAAUUUGAACAUUUCAGGAGAAUAUAUACGGAUUUUAUUGCAUGGUUAGUGUAUAUUUAAAGUAAAUUAGGAAGAUAGGAGACAAGUUAAUGAAAUUUGAUUCCAUUUUCCAUCUUAGGUAGAUCCAAAGAGAAUGGCAUAUUUUCCCAACUGUUCUAUAAAUUGAUUGUUUAUCUAUUUUGUUGUCGUAGCCCACGUGAUGUUAUGCUUGGGAUCUUUUGCUACAAAUUACCUGUUAUUUAUCUUAACUCUAAAGUAUAGAUUGUAAAGUUGGUCUUUUGAUUAAACAAUUAGUGAAAAGCCGAACCUAACGGGACUGUAUCUGGUGAGUUUUUUGUUUUUGUUUUGGGAGAUACACACGCCCCAAACAAAGUCAACCACAGGUCCAAACUUAGCAAAAGAAUCUGUACUUAAUUGGCUUCACAUUAGACAUAGGAUGCUAUAAAAUAAUUAAUAAGAGAGCUUAGCGAGCCACAUAAAGGAGCAAUUCUUCACAAUCAAUGACUCCACAACUUAGAGUUAGAUCUAAUAUCAAUGUUUCUAAAAUCCUAAGCAAAAUCCAGCUCCAAACUUUUGAAGAUUG